UUUAUCUCUAUAUCUAUAUCUAUUCCUCCCUUUCUUUCAGUCUUUCUCUAUUCCUCUUAAGGUCUCCCUCUGUAUCUCUCUCUAUUUCGUUCUCUCUUUUUCUCAGUCUCAGUCUCUCUCUGAGUCUCCCUCUGUAUAUCUCUCUCUCCUUUUCUUUCUUUCUCUUUGUUUGUCUCUCUCUCAGACUCAGUCUCUUUAUUUUCUGUCUGUCUCCCUCUGUAUCUAUAGCUCUCUCCAUUUCUCUCUCUCCAUUUCUCUCUCUCUCUCUCUCUCUCUUUCUUUAGGAGUGGGAGGGGUCAGUAUCUCGCGCUGCUGCUGAUGCUGCUGUAGGGAACCUCGCGCCGCUUUUCUCUCUCUCUCUGAUCCUCGUGCGUGCGUGUGGAUGAAAGCCCGCGCGCGCGUCCGUGAUGCGGGACCGGCCAGUGCGCGAGCCACGACAUAACACAACGACGGACCGCGCGCGCAAGACCCCGGAGCCGCCGCGUGCGUUGCGUUGCGUGAGAUGAGCGCGUGACCCCCGCAGCAUGUCCACGCGGAAGGUCUCGUCCGAGUCGUUUAGCUCCGCGAGCUCGGAGUGCGUGGAGAGCCCUGAGCGCGCGGACUGGCCGGACUGCCCGCUCGCGCUCUGGAACGGACGCAGCCCUGUGCGCGCGGCGCCCCGGCGCAGGAGGCGCGUGAACCUGGACUCACUGGGGGAGAGUCUGAGGAGACUGACAUCACCCACGACACAGACUAUUCAGCAGGCCCUGCAGAGAACUGUGGAAUUCUAUAGACAAAGAAAUGCCAGUAGUGCAGACGGUUCUGGAGAAAAGUGUGUGUUUGAGAAGUGUCCGUUUGUAAACUCACAAUCCGAAGACCAAACUGACAUCUCAGGAAUACUCCAGUACACAGCGGCAAUAGUGGGUGUUGGGUUCCCUACUCUGCGUGAGCGUUUUGGGGAGGAGUUUUUCGGCCUGUGCCUGGAAGAGAAUGAAAGGGUUCUGCGUUCUCUGGGCGGAAACCUACAGGAUUUCUUUAAUGGAUUUGACGCGCUGUUGGAACAUGCUCGGACCUCGUACGGACGCCGGGCGUCCUCGGAGUCGCCCUCUUUCCUGUGCAAAGAAGCUCGUGGGGACAGAGAUGAGGAUAAUAAGGAGGAGGAGAAGGAGGAAGGCAAAAGAACUCUCAUCCUGCACUGCUUCAACCCCGACCCCACGGUGGGCGUGGCCAUGCCGGGCCUGAUCCGGGCGGCUGCUCACCGGAUUUACCAGUCAGAGGUUCAGGUGGAGGAGACCGACCCUAAUUGGCUCUAUGCGGCCAAUGAGGAUGGAGAGCUGUCCGCAGACUCCACCCCCUCUUCAUCUCCGUCCCCGCCCACUUCCUCGCCACCGGCCUGCCUGUCUUUCCUCAUAAGAGAGGUCAGGACAUCCUCGUCAUGCUCCUCUUCCUCACGGCAGCUGUCACGCUCACCUUCGGACUUACGGAUCGGCCUCAGCACGUUCUGCCGGGCGUGUCCGUUCCACCUGGUCAUCGGCCCCAGCAUGGAGGUGCUGCAGGUGGGGGAAGGGCUGAGGCAGGUUGGGGAGGGUCUUAGGAAGCCACACCGGACACUGAGUUUUAGUGACAGCUUCCAGUUGGUUUCUCCCAGGAUUCCAUGCUCUUUCCAGAACAUUCUGCUGCGUCUGGCCACGCCGUUCACCAUCCGCACACGGCCUGACGCGUCCACGCUGGACAGCAAGGAGAAGGUGAUGGAGCUGAAAGGCCAGAUGAUCCAUCUCCCCGAGUCCAACUCCAUAAUGUUCCUGGGCUCACCACGCGUUGAUAGGCUGGAGGAACUAAUGGGGCGGGGCUUACAUCUUUCAGAUAUCCCUAUUCAUGACGCGACCCGUGAUGUCAUCCUGGUAGGUGAGCAGGCCAAGGCUCAGGAUGGCCUGAAGAAGCGCAUGGACAAGCUGAAGGCCACUCUGGAGCGGACGCACCAGGCUCUGGAGGAGGAGAAGCGGCGGACGGUGGAGCUGCUGUACUCCAUCUUCCCGGGGGGCGUGGCCCAGCGACUGUGGCAGGGCCUCCCGGUGCAGGCCAAGAAGUUUGAUGAUGUCACCAUGCUGUUCUCUGACAUCGUGGGCUUCACAGCCGUCUGCGCCCAGUGCACCCCCAUGCAGGUCAUCAGCAUGCUGAACGAGCUGUACACACGCUUCGACUACCAGUGUGGAGUACUGGACGUGUACAAGAUAGAGACAAUAGGGGAUGCGUACUGUGUGGCUGCAGGGCUCCAUAAGAAGUGUGAAAGCCACGCUCGGCCGAUCGCCCUCAUGGCCCUGAAGAUGAUGGAGCUCUCUGAAGAGGUUCUCACGCCAGAUGCCAAACCCAUACAGCUGCGUAUAGGGAUCCACUCAGGCUCAGUUCUGGCAGGGGUUGUUGGGGUGAAGAUGCCACGGUACUGCCUGUUCGGAAACAACGUCACACUGGCCAGCAAGUUUGAGUCCGGCAGCAAACCACGCUGUGUCAAUGUCAGUCCCACCACCUACCAACUCCUGCGAGAUGAUCGGUCCUUCUCUUUCAUCCCUCGAUCGCGCCAGGAGCUUCCUGACAACUUUCCCAAAGAGAUCCAGGGAAUUUGUUACUUCCUGGAGGCGGGCAGGUCCCAUAGCCACGCCCCUCUGACCAGCACUCGCUCCGCCCCCAUCCGAAAGGUGUCCUAUAAUAUUGGGACCAUGUUUCUACGGGAGACCAGCCUCUGAGAUAACACCGCCCACCUACUACUAUAAACCAUGCCUUGCAGGCUAGCGCUGACCUUGGCAACCAGUCGCUCCGCCUCUCGGACACAGCACUCCGCCCCCAGGGGUGAACAUACGAGAAGGACUGGCGGAAGAGACGUGAAUAUUCACAAAUAUUCAAAUGUUACUUUAAAAAGACUUGGAAAUUAUAUAUUUGAAUAAAUAUAUAUAUAAUAUAUAUAUAUUUGCAUAAAGCCUUCUGCUCCACACAACAUGCUCAAUUGUAUUCAAAUACAUACACACACACAAACACAGAAACAAUACAUACCAAUAAUAGUAUUAAUAAUAAUAAUAAUAAUACAGUGCUACACUAAAUAUCUGUGUAUACACACACACAAACACACACACACACGCACAGUUGUCAGUACUGUAGGACAUAGACAGGAUUAACAUACAGAACCUGGUGCCUUCUAAUAAAUGCACAGUGUUAUUCACCCCAGCACCCUCCACCCACCCAGACUGCCCCCCAGGUCAGUUCACAAUCAUGUGACUAGUUCAUGUUGUUGCAGUGUUGUGUACCGAGCUCUAAAAGAGACCCAAGAAAUUCCGCAAACCUUACCACACUCACCAGAAACGUCUCCAUUCACCAGAGACGACUGCAAACUCACUAGAAACGUUUCCAUUCACCAGAGACGACUGCACACUCACUAGAAACGUCUGCAUUAACUAGAGACGUCUGCACACUCACCAGAAAUGUCUGCAUUCACCAGAGACGACUGCACACUCACCAGAAACGUCUGCACACUCACCAGAGACGUCUGCACACUCACCAGACACGACUGCACACUCACCAGAAACGUCUGCACACUCACCAGAAACGUCUGCACACUCACCAGACACGACUGCGUACUCACCAGAAACGUCUGCAUUCACCAGAGACGUCUGCACACUCACCAAAAACUUCUGCAUUCACCAGAGAUGUCUGCUCAUUCACCAGUGACGUCUGCAGACUCACCAGGGAUUCCACGCUCACUAGAAAUAUCUGCAUUCACCAGAGACGUCUGCAUACUCACCAGAAACAUCUGCAUUCACCAGAGAUGUCUGCACACUCACCAGAGAUAUUUACUUUCACAAUAGAUGUCUGAGUCCUCACCAGAGUCAUCUGUGCUCACCAGGUAUGUGUAUGCAGAGAUGUCUGCCAAUUCACUAGUCUUCUGCACUUAACAGAGAUAUCUGCACAUUCACCAGAGAUGUCUGCCUAGUCAACAGUGACGUCUGCCUACUCACCAGAGACAUUUCUGGCCUCUCACCAGGAAUGUAUGCACACUUACCAGGGAUAUCUCCACACUCACCACAUUUGUCCAUUCACAAGAAAUGUCUGCCCACUCACCAGGGAUCUCUGUCCACUUACCAGGGAAGUCUGCCCACUCACCAGGCACAUCUGCCUGCUCACCAGGGAUGUCUGCUCUUUUAACAGAGCUGUCUUUGCUCACCAGAUGUGUGUACAUUCACCAGAGAUGUCUGGCCUCUAACAAGGAAUGUCUGCACAUGACAUUUGCGCACUCACCAGAGAUGUCGGCACCCUCACCAGAGACGUCUGCACCCUCACCAGGGAUGUCUGUGCUCACCAGAGGUAUCCUCUUUCACCAUAUAUGUCUAAAUCCUCACUAGAGAUAUCUGUGCUUGGCAGACAUGUCUAUACUCAGUUCACCAGGGAUGUCGGUCCAGUCAGCAGACUUCUGCAUUCACCAGAGUCUGCUCUCAUCAGAGACAUUUGGUAAUUCAACAGGGACUUCUGAACUCACCAGACAUUUGCACACCUGCUAAAGAUGUCUGCCCUCAUCAGAGGUGUCUGCAUUCACCAGAGACAUCUAGACACUCACCAAGGAUGUCUGCAAACUCACCAGAGAAUUUGCCCACUCCCCAGAGACAUCUGCUAGUUCACAAGAGACCAAGGAUGUGUGCACUCAUCCAAAAUAUCUGCUUUCACCAUAGAUGUCUGAAUAUUCACCAGAGGUGUCUGAACACUCACCAGAUACAUCUUCUUUCCAGUGAUGUCUGCUUUCACCAGAGAUUUUUGAAAACCUACCAGGGAUGUCUGCACUCAGCAGACUUAUGUGCACACUCAUUAGUGAUGUCUACAUUUCCCACAAGUAUCUGCAUUCACCAGAGAUGUCUGCAUGUUCACUAGAGAUUUCUGCACUUUCCAGGUACUUCUACUUCUACUUAAUAAUUAAUGACUUGCAUUCUCCAGAGAUGUUUUCAAGUUUGCCAGGCAAACAUGUACAAUUUCCAGGGAGCUUCUCAAAGGUUAUGGUGAGCUCACAAAAAAAUGUAUUGUCACUGUUUAUGGUGAUCAAAUUAUACAAGUGUGCCAUUUCAUAGAUGUAUUAUUUCAGUUAUAAAGGGAGUUCUGAAAAAUGUUGAGUGCUCAGGAAAAAAUUACAUGAUCAACAGGAAGUACACAAAUACUGGUGAGCUCCGUAAGUUUUCUGGUGAGUGUGCAAAAGAGUAAAUUUCCCAACAUUAAAGCUACAGAAUUUCAUUUUACAUUUCAGGGCUCUGUGUGUGUGAGAGUGUGUGUGUAUUAUAUCUAUAUGUGUGUGUGUGUGUGUGUGUGUGUGUGUGUGUGUGUGUGUGUUCGUGUUCGAGUGUAUAUAAUGUAUGUGUGUGUGUGUAUGUGUGUGUCUCUGUCCACUGUUUGUUGCUGCUGUUAUCUUCUGGAGAUUGAAAUGUCACUUAUCUUACUCUAUCAAGUCACAGCAAGCCAUGACCUGUCAGUCAAACCAGCCAUCCAAUCACACACAGCCAACUGCUGUCAAUCAGAGGUGUUCUUCCAAUCACUCUUAACCUACAAUUGUCAAUCAAACUAGUCCCUAGUCCCGCGCCAAAUCAGAAGCUGUCAAUCAUUUUUCACAUUGCCAAUAAAACCAGGCAUUUGCCUACAGACACA